GAAUUAUUAUGAAGUGUAUAUCUUGUCCAUGUGGUGGAAUUGUUUUGAUAUGAUAACUAUUAGAUAGAGUAUACCAUUGGAUGCGGUAUAUUCAACCUCAAGAUGUCCAUAUCAAGUAGUGCUUGCUAUCCAACUAUGGUCUAGCUUCAAACCGUCUAUCUAUUAAUCAUCAUUAAUAAUAACAUCUCCAUCCCUGCACGACAUUCACCCUCAGAAUUACGAGUGUUGGACAGACUCCUAAUGUCUGACGUGCUUUUGUCGCGAUAUUUCCCAUGUCUUUGAAAUGCGGGGAUGCUCUAGGGUGUAUUUGAAUGUUUUAAACAGCGAGAGACCCAGAGUCAAUGAAUUUAUAAUAUAGAUUACCUCCUACUUAUUAUAUCAGCAGCAAUAUACAGCUUGCAUAAUGGCAUUCAAGAACAUCGCAGUUGUCGGGGGCUCUGGACUCAUCGGAAAACCCAUCGUCAACGCCCUCAUCACCUCCCCACACAACUACACCGUCACCGUCCUCACCCGCGAACAAUCCUCUACUGCUCCCUCCGGCGCCACAACCACCAAAGUCGACUAUAACAACCACGCUACCCUCGUAGACGCGCUCAAGGGCCAGGAUGUCGUCGUCUCUGCCAUCGCAACACCAGCUACACCCGAGCAGAUCAAGAUCAUCGAUGCGGCUGUCGAAGCGGGCGUCAAGAGAUUUGUUCCGGCGGAGUUCGGUGUCGAUACCACUUACCCCGGUACUGUCGACCGGUUUCCGGGCUUCAAGCUGAAGCAGGAUGUGAGGGAGUACUUGGAUGGGAAGAUUGAGUGGACGGCUUUUGCGACUGGGCCGUUUUUCGAUGGAACCUUCCAACGCGGAUUCCUGGGCUUUGAUAUUAGCUCCAACACAGCUUCGUUCGAUCCGAAAUAUAGAGCCAAUACCUUUUCGGCGAGCAAUCUCGACUUCAUUGGUAGGGCUGUAGCGCAGGCUCUUGCGCCAUCUAUCGCUCCCAAGACCGCGAACAAGCUCCUCUACGUUCGGUCUUUUACCGUCUCGCAGGAUGCGCUUCUUGCUGAGGUGGAGAGAAUCACGGGCAAGGAGUGGAAGGUUGAGACGAUCAGCUUUGAGGAACUUACAAAGGAUGCGCGGGAGAAACUGAAGAACAAUGACUUCAGUCGCGUGGGAGCGCUGAUCCAGGAUGUUAUUUUUGACUCGGCGACUGGCAAUGACUGGGACAUUAGGGGGGUUACAUCGAAUGAGCUUCUCGAAUUGCCGGAUAAGGAGGAUUUGGAGGCAACUCUCCGCAGGGUAUUGGCGGCCUAGGCUUCUUGGGCACAAUAGUAAUUUCAAAUUGAGAUUAUUUUUAUUUGGUUAUUCCCAGUAGUAUAACUUUUCCGGGCAUAAUAAAAGAUCCGGCCGUUUUGGAAUCCCGAAAACAAAACACCUGCCAACCCAUAAAUGGCU